AGCCAGAUAUUUCUAUUGGGAAAUAUUAUAACAUUGGGAUUAUACGGAACAAGAAAAUAAAAAUAGAAUAUCUACGUUGAAUAAACCUCUGUACCGUUUAGCUGUUUUGUUGAAAUACGAGCUUGAACGAUCCUGAAUGAUUUUAUAUUUACAGACCGUUAGAUUUGCGUACAAAGUUAUAUUUCAUCCAGCUCAAACUAAACAAGAAAUGUAUAAUACAAAGAGUGGAAACAUUUGAAUUUCCAAAGCGGUAAGAGGUAACGUUGAAAGUAGAAUUUUCCGCAAACUCUUUUAAAAUACACAAGGUCUGCGUUUCCGCAUGCGAAUUCGAUUUGCUUCCCUCUCGACACACUUGAGAAAAUCUGUCUACGUUUUCGAGGAAAGAACCUCACUUUCGAAUUAGAGCACCCGCGGUCAACUUGUUAGCUUUAACGCUAAUUUGACGAUGCGACGCGAUUUCAGCGAAGCGUCCGUGAAAGAUUCCACGAAUCUCCGAGGAAAGGAUAAUCUAAUUUUGGCGAAAGCCGCAUGCUUUUCAAUUCGUUGCUCGGUGCGCGCACACCAUCUUCAACGGCGACGGACGCGUCGUUCGCGUAGGUGUAUCCGCGCUCAUCGUGUUUUUUGUUUAUUAUGCCAACGUGCUUGCCUGGCUUAUAUUGUACCGAUGGUGUAAAUGCGCGAGAUCCGCGCCGCACUCGAAGCCGCAAAACCAGCGAUUCACAGACACCGAGUCCUCCGCGAGAGCAGAGCGCACUUUCCCGUUUCUGCGCCAGAGUCGAACGGAAACCGCGGAUCGCUCUCGAUUCGUUACGCGCGAACGUGAAAAUUAUACGUGCGCGGUGCGCCUGUCGUCGUGCGAGAGUGCGAAAGAAACGAUGGAACGUUGCCGACGAGCGGAGAACGCUUGAAAUUCCCACGGUGUAAUAACAGCGCGAUGGUUUUAUCGCGCUUCAUUUGGCUUGAUUGUGAAUUACGGAAUUCGCCGUACCUCGCGAAAUAUUUUUCGAGCUGGAAAGCGGCCGCCACCCUUUCGGUGGGCUUUCCUUUUUCGUUUAAUUAAUCGCGCGGCUUUAAACUCCCGCUGCGCUGCUCGAACACGUUGGCCGCUGUGUAAUUCUCCUCUCUAAUAACAUAUAUAAAUCUACGAAUAAAAUUCCGGUGUAUCCGCAAUUCGCGCGCAAUUAGCGCGUUAAGAGCCCCGAGAACUUCGGUUAUGUUCAAUUGUUCGACAACGUAAUCGUGUCGUAAAAAGCAAAGAGAGAAAAAUGAAAUUACGUUAAUUGCUGCAGUUUGUAUGCUGCUUGGUAUUUCAUAAAUGUGUUUAAACGAGCUUGAUUUUUCGCAAUUCUGCUUUUAAAUUUAUGCUGAUAUUCCGUGUAUCUAGCAAGACAUAAUUUAUACGAUUAAAAAUUUGAUAUAAAUAAAAAAAAAAUGAAUAUGUAGCGCGUAAUACUUACAUUUAAAAUAAACUUUGUUAAUUCGUUUCUUCUUUAACAACAAUUUAUCAUCAGCUAAAUAGAUAAUUGCACUUCAUCAAGAUACAAACUCGACGAUUGGCGGUUUUUAAUUAUACGGCUGUAUUUAACGUGUCGUUUUGUGUAUAGCAUUUAAUUAAACGCCGUCGCUUCCGCGAAUAUAAUGGUCACCUUAAUACAAUGACAUUUACAAAUUUCACAGUGGAAUUUCAAGCUUCCCCUUGUUUGGAGCUCCUCUCAGAAAGGAAGAAACUUUUCGCAAUACAUCUCGCAUUUCUCGAGCCAGGCACGUUAAAAAGGCGUGUUUGUAAUCGCGGAUGAAAAUUCAUCGGCGCGGCAAAGACUGUCUUAUGACACUCGGCGACAGACUGUGCUACGUAUCAUCGAGCUGGAUCACCUUUGUGACAAAGUGCUUUUCAGAUCGAAAGCGGAAAGGACUGUAUGUCACUGUCAGUGCCAUGCCGCUUAGAUCGCCGGACGUUUCGUCGAGGGACAACCUAAAUGCUCUCACACAAUCGGAGGAACGUCGACGCACCGGAAGAUACGUCGCUGGUGGAACGGCUCUCGCAGUUAUGCUACUCGCACUGCAUCAUCUGUUUCUGCGGGGUACGUCCACCAUAGCGGGGGUGUGCGUACCGACUAUCAUAAUGGCAUCGUACCUAAUCUGGGUGUUAUACUCUGCCCGCAGAGACAGGCGGAAGGCGUUAAGGUUCGCCACGGCGAUGCAGCUCACUGAAGUCAUUAGUGUCCCUUCCAAAUCUACAUCCGACGCUAUUUGCAAAGAUGCCAAGAGCGACGACAACUUUGAGAGAAAUCCGUCGAAUCCCUACAAAUCAAGGAACACUCGAGAAAAUCCAGUUUUCUCCGACAAAGAUGAAGUGUGAAAGUUAAACAUCAAGGUUCGGUAAAUUGUACUUUGCGAACGUAAUGUCAUUAGUGAAUGCUCAAAGACAUCGUACUGUUAAAAUGUCGUAUUAACUAUUUAGUUUUUAGGAAUUUAUUUGUAAAAGUUUCACGUAAGACAUGUAUGAUAUAUGUACGUAUGAUUAUGAAAAUAUCUAGGUUAAAAGUUUCUUAUAAAGUAUUCCUAUGAAGGUUUCUUCUGACAUUUGCAAUUUUAAUUUUAUAGUAUACCUUGAAAAUUGUGAGACACUUCGUUGACUCGUAAAUUUAAUAUGCGAAAUCUUGACAAAGAAACGCUUUUAAAUAUGAAUUUACAAUGCAAUUUUAAAAAUUCAUUUUAUUAAUAAAUAAAUUUAAGGUCGCAAAAACUUUCAGUUCCAUGAACUUAUAAAUUACGCAUAUUUUCGUAUACGUAUAGAAAUAAUAUUCAUAGAUUAUAUAAGACUACAAUUGAAAUUAUUAUUUUCAAUUAAUAAAAAUGUUUUAAGUGUA